AACACGCAAUGGGUAGGGAGGUGAACGGCAGUUUGGGCUUCUUGCGUCGGUCAUGUUUUUAAAUGGGUUACAGAAGAAAUGUGUUUUGAGAAGCCGUGCGACUGAAAGUUGAACUCUAUCAUCUCUUAUACUGUGAUUAUGCAAUAUGGAUGAACUGUCCUGGAAGAGAUAAAAGUGAAGAGUAAAGAUACCCAAAGACUUGAGUGUUAAAGACAGAGCAUAUAUCACGAACUUGCACAAGAGAUCAUGUCCACAUCACUAAAGCAGGAGAGAACUAUUUGUGUUCUGCUCCCCAACAAAGAACAGCUGGACAUCACUGUCGGGCUGAAGUCCACAGGCCAGGAUGUUCUGAAUCAUGUGGCAGAGCUUCUUGGAAUCAAAGAGCUUCACUUUUUUGGCCUGACAGUAGUUAAAGACAAUGAGCACAUAUUUUUAGACCUGGAGGAGAAGCUCAAUAAGUACUUUUCUAAGGAAUGGAACCAAGAUUUAGGAAAGGGAUUGCAAAAGAGAUCAUUGCCUCUGAUUCUGUGCCUUAAAGUGCAGUACUACAUAGAGAAUGGUAGACUUUUUUGUGAGCGAAAGGCACGGCAUCUUUACUAUUCUGACUUGCGGGAGCGAGUGCUACGCUCUGAAUGUCGUCAGCAGGAGGAGGUCUACUUCCAGCUGGCGGGUUACGCCCUGCAGGCUGACCUUGGCGACCACCCAGUGCUGGAGGAAGGCGUAAAGCUUUCCCGUUAUUUUGAACCCAAGGAGUACUUUCCCCCAUGGAUUAUAGCUAAACGUGGAGUGAAAUAUCUCCACUGCCAUGGGCCAAAGGUACACCAGGAGCUGUGGGGCAUGUCUACUCGUGAUGCAAUGUUCCACUUCAUCAAAGAGGCAUGCCAAUUGGAGGAUGUACCUGUCACGUUUUAUAGAUUGCAAAAGGAUAAGAGGGAGGAGAGGGGAACGGCAUUGCUUGGUCUGACCCUGCGAGGAAUGCAAGUUUAUCAGGAGGUGAACAACAUACUUGAGCUAAUAUAUGACUUUCCCUGGUCAAAUGUAGGACGUCUUACCUUCCUGGGUAAGAAAUUCGAGAUCCAGCCAGAUGGCUUGCCAUCCGCCAGGAAGCUGGUUUACUACACUGGUUCAUCUUUCCGCUCUCGCCACCUCCUCUUGCACCUGAGCAACAGCCAUCAGCUCUACCUCAGCCUUCAACCUGUCCUCAAACACCUACACCAGCUGGAGGAGAGCAAGGAGAAGCAGCAUUACAGGGAGUCCUACAUCAGUGAUGAUCUGGAUUUAGAUCCACAAGGCAGUGAAGGCAGUCCCGGUCUCUCCCGACACUCUACUAGCAGCUCUGGAAUUGAGGCGGACGCUCGCCAACACAGCAUCUGCGCAGAGAUGGUCUCCAUGGGGGACGAAGGUCAUCAGCAAGCUGAGAAGUGUUUCAGCUCAGCAGCCAGCCGAGGCAGCUCCUGUACCUCAGGAUUUGAUACAAGCAGCAAAGCACGAAUAGAAGAUGAAGGGUGGCAAGAGGAAGAGAUCAAGACCAGGGUCCAAAGUCCAGACGAGGUUCUUGUAGAUGAUCCUGAUGAGAUGUUCCAGCUGGCUGAUCUUCUGGAAGGAGUUUCAGUGGAUUGUGGAGAACUCUGUUCAAAGAAUCAUUCACCAGAAAACACAGGCUGUGCUCUACACAGUGACAAAGAUGCUGGGAAAUUGUAUAACAAGGAUAUGUUAAAAGAGGUUCUGAAAUCAAAAGCGCAAGUUUGUGUGGAUCGGCACAGCCACAGCCUAGAUGAUGUCCGCCUCGUCCCUCCUCCUGCACCCCUGGGGAUGGCAGUGCCACUUGAUUCUUCUCACAGCUACACCUUUGGACUACCAGAUGCCUCAGCAAACACAAAGACCACGGUUGAUCACAGCUAUUACCCCUUCUUGCACUGCCAGCCUAAUCCUAUCUUCUAUGGCCGCAGGUCCACCAACUGCCUCUCCCUGGACAUGUUGGGCGAUGAACAGUUCAUGGAAUACAUAUUUUGAACACAUCAAGUGCUGACAAGUAUACCUGUCCUCCUCCUUUCUGUACAAUGCAACUUAAUUCACAGGUUGCCAGCAUGUGUUUUUUCUGUAAAGAUGGAUGUGUAUACUUCAAACAGCAGACACAUUAGCCUUCUUUUAAAAGCUGUGGAUUACUUCAGCACCAUUUCAUGUAGUAAGCAGUUCAUAUUUAUUAAUGUUGUAUAUUUUGUAUAUAUAUUACUUGCACUUUUUUAUUACAUUUCAGCUUUUCUAAACUGAAAAAUGCCUAAUCAGGUUUGUCUUUUGUAAAUUUCACACUGUUUAAACAUUUCCUGAAGUGGCAGAAUCUGUUUAUAUCAGGGGCAUAAAAUUUUGAUGGUGAAAUUUUACAGCCAUGCAGUUGUUUUAUGCAUCAGACAGCCAUAAGACAUAAUUUGCAUUCCUCUCUGUAUGUAAAUUUACUCAUUUUAUCUAUAGCCAUGUUUGAGCUCUGUUGAUUUGUUUUAUCUUGUUCAUUUUUUUAUUACUUUAACACACACUUUUGUAUAGUGUGCACUCCCAUGUCUUUUACAGCUUUGUAACUACUGAUGUGGAAAAUUGAACUUCUUUACACAGCUCAGUGUAUUCAGCCAAAGCUUUCCAAAUCUGUUUGCCUUCUGUUGUGAUGAUUACUAUAGAAAAUUUUUAUUUGUGAACCACUGUUGUCAAUAAAUGUAUAAUGAAGCUACAGUAUUUUUGUAUUAUGUAACCCACAAACAAAGAGCAUUUGUUUCUCUUUUCUUUUUUCCUUUUUGUUAUUGUGUUCAAAUGAACUGCUGUAUUUAGCCUGUAUGAGGUUCCCAGUCAUUAAACACAAACUUUGACUAAAUGCCAGUAAAACGAACAAGUAUAAAGUAAA